CUGGCAGCCCCCGCCCCUCACAGCGCGGCCCCCGCGCUCCUCACGGGGCGGGCGGCGCCGGGGCGGGGAACGACCCCGUGCUGUGGGGCGGCGCGAGGCGUUCCCGACGGGAAUGCUCGGCGGAGCGCCCGCGAGGGGCCGCGCGGGCUGCCGGCAUGUCGGGGCCGCGCUGCCCGCAGUGCGCCCAGCCCUGCGUGUCGCCGCGGCUGCUGCCCUGCCUGCACUCGCUGUGCGAGCCCUGCCUGCGGCGGCUCGGGCCGCCGGAGGGGCCGCCGGGCGCCGCCCGCCCCGUCCUGUGCCCGGUGUGCGACGCCGAGCUGUCGCUGCCGGCCGGCGGCGUGGGGCAGCUGCCCCCCGACUGCCUGGCCGGGAGCCGCGGCCGGGCCGCGGCCGGGUGCGACCUCUGCGCCGACGGGGCGGCGGCCGGGCGGUGCCUGAGCUGCGGCCUCCGCCUCUGCCGCUUCUGCUGCCGGGCGCACAGGAGACAGAAGAAAACGGCCUCCCAUGCUGUGACAGAGCUGGAGAACACCAAGGAUUGCAGCCAGGCCGGGAAGCCUCUCCUGUGCCCCUCCCAUCCCACAGAGGAGCUGCAGCUGUUCUGCGAGCAGUGUGACCAGCCUGUGUGCCGGGACUGCGUUCUGGGCAGACACCGCCAGCACCCCUGUGACUUCACCGCCAAUGUCAUCCACAGGCACGGGGACGCCCUGCGGGAGCUGCUGAAGAGCAGCCAGCAGCACAUGGACACCCUGGAGGAUGUGCUGAGCCAGGUGGAUGAGAUGGGCAGCGCUGUCCGCAGUCGCGCAGAGGCUGUGGCCGCAGAGAUCUGCCUGUUUGCCAGGGGCUACGUGAAAGCGAUUGAAGAGCACCGGGACCGGCUGCUGAAGCAGCUGGAGGACUUGAAGGUGCAGAAGGAAAACCUGCUGCACUUGCAGAAGGCCCAGCUGCAGCAGCUGCUGCUGGACAUGAGGACAGGCGUGGAGUUCACAGAGCACUUGCUGAUGAACGGCUCAGAUGUGGAGAUCCUCGUCUCCAAAGGGGUGGUGUCCAGCCGUCUGACGAAGCUCAACAGCGUUGCUUACAGCACCCACCCCAGUGUGGAUGACAGGAUCCAGUUCUCCCCCCACGAGAGGGCAGGGCAGUGUUGCGGCUAUGAAGUUUUUGGGGCCAUUCUCAAUAAAGUGGUUGAUCCGGCCAGAUGUACCCUGCAUGGGGAAGAUCUCCACAGUGCCCGUCAGAACCAGCUGAGUGGCUUUACCCUGCUGUGCAAGGACACUACAGGGGAGCGCAUGGGGCGAGGAGGAGAGGCUGUGCGGGUCACCAUCACCCACAAGGACAAGAGGGACUGUGCAGUCAAGCCAACAGUGUGUGAUAAUGGUGAUGGGACCUACUGUAUUUCCUACAGCCCUGAGGAGCCAGGCUUGUAUGCUGUCUGCGUCUGUGUGAAAGGGCAACAUGUGCAGGGCUCUCCCUUCACUCUGAUGGUGAAGCACAAGUUCCGUGAGCACCGGGGGGUGUUUCACUGCUGCACGUUCUGCUCCAGCGGAGGCCAGAAAGCCGCUCGCUGUGCCUGUGGUGGCACCAUGCCAGGUGGGUACCAAGGCUGUGGCCACGGACACAAAGGUCACCCUGGCUGCCACCACUGGUCAUGCUGUGGACAAGUGAAGGAGAGCUCAGAGUGUUUGUGUGGGCCGCCCAGUGACACCUCACAGAGGAGUUUGCUCAGGACAGUGGCACUCUGAGCAGCCAGGUGAGCUCCUGGGAGUCCAGGUGCUGCUGCUGGCUGCUCCAGGAGCACAAAUGAUCCAUGAGGGUCCAUAUGAUUGAUCCCUGCAUAGCCUUGCUGCCAGCAAACAGCAUGAUGGGUGUGAGUUGAGAGAGGGGGGAUGAGGGAAAAUAAAAACCGUGCCUUAUGUUCCACCCAGGGGCGUGUAUGCAAAGUUAUUUUGUGCUCAAACAGGACCAAAUUCUGGGAAUUGUACUGCUGCCUACGCUUCUGAGGACUUGUGGCCUGUGAGGACAUACUCUAAGGGGAAACUCAUUCUGAGCAGUAACCUCACAGGAGGGUCAAAUGUGUCCUAUUUUGCAAGGUCAACAGCCUCUGCUGUCCUUCUUGGUGAGGUUAAAGCUGCUCAUUGGGGCCUUUCCAAAGGGUUUAUCAUCAUGCCUUGGAAGGGCUUGGCAACCUUAAUAUGGCUUCUGCCUCCCUGCUGGAUAUGCAUCUGGAUUCCAGCCUUGAAUGUGUGCACAUAGCACAGUCAUGCUUCUGGGAGCUGCUCUUUGUUUGCAACUCCUACACUUCCUCCAGGUAUACUGUAGUCUCAUUAUACCCUGACUGCAAAGUACAGGCAAGGUGAGUUAGUAAUGUGUCUGAAGGAGGGCCCAGAAAACCUCCUGGCACUGAUAGGAACAGGAAAUGGAGUGUCAUUCACCUGGUCUGUUUUAUGUGGGACACAGUGCUGCUGGGGGUGGUGGGGGAGCCAGGGCAGUGCCCAGCUCACCAAGGGAAGAUCUGGGGGCAGUUUGAGCAUGAGUAGGAGUCACAGACACAAAUUUGCAAUUGUCUGUCCAGAGCUGAAGCACAGGAGAUGGAACACAGCAAAACUGGAUUUCGCUUGUGCAACCUUGGCAAGGCAUUGACCAACCCAUAGUUGGGGAAAUGGCAUCUGUGAUGAGGAAGAAGAGGCACUCCCCUAGAAGGGCAGUUGCCACCCUGCUGCCAUCUGCUUGCUUGGGUGAAGCAGACACCCUGAAUACCUUCCUUUACAAAACACAUUUCUGUCAAUGAGACUGGGAACACCACUGCCCUGAGGGUAACCUUGCCAGUAGGUGUGUGUGGCUAGGGGCUCCUAAUUCUGCCUGAGGAGCACAAGGUCCCACUGUUGGUCACUCAGGGAGAGGAAUGCUGUUCCACUGUCAACAGCAGGGACUGGGUCUUGCUUUCUGCAUUAUGGCAGCUGGCUUGCAAGUAGUAGAAACCUGGACUAUCUAUUUGUUUGCUCAGCCUUAGAAGUCUCUCAUUUGUUGUUUGUUCCUCUUAAAAAGCCAGUUUUGAAACUUCUUCCCAGCAAAGGAGAUAGAUAUCCUUAUGCAAAUGCUGUUUAUAACUUUCCAUAAAUCAUCCAGAAAGCUUCCCUGUCAAACAAUCAGGGAAGGCUAGACAGUUUAAAUCUCCAAGUCAGGCAAUUUAAGGUUGCUGAGUCUGAAAUUUCAAAGCAAAAGUUUAGUUUGAGUUGGCCAUUAAUGUAACAAAUAGUAGCUCAUUCUCAUCCUUACUAUAUACAGAGUCAAUGCUUAGUGCAGAAUGUGAUGUAAACUAAAAUGCUUAAAUUUUUGUGUCUUUCUAAUUCUUUCCCCCCACCCCUUAGGUGUGUUUUUUCUUUUUUUUUCUCAGAGCCUCCAUGCUGUCUUGCAGAGGGAACACAUAAGGACAGCACUACCUUCUAGGCACAUAAUUUCUGACUAAAAACAUCUUAGUCCUCUCAGACAGAGGAAUGUGUUUUCUCUUGGUGUUAGGUAUCCCUUACACACCCUGUCGCUGAUGUUUUCCAAGAAGCUGUUUGUCAGAAUUACACCAAUGAAAUUUAAACCCUUCAUGGAACUGCAGCUCUCCACCUAACAUGGGCAGAGCAGUUUUUGAACAGCUUGGGUCAGGUUCUGGUAUUGAUUUUUUUCUUUUUGUUAGACUUGAAGGCCCAGUUGGUCCCAGGGAUUAGGAAGUAUUGGCCAGCUACCACUGUGUGCUUGAUGUUGGAUAAAAGACAUUUAAUGACUUUAGUCACUUUGGGGGGUGGGGAGGGACUAGGUCAGAAUUUCCUCCCAUUAUUUGACAGCAGCCUUUGCCCUCAGUCUUUAUAAUUCAGAGUACUUUGCAAAUGAAUACAUCCUUCUGAUCUUCUGGAGUCUGAUAUUAGACCCCAGCGUUCAUUCCCAAGAUAGGCUUCCAGUGCUGUGUUGGUAAACACCUGGGUCAGGAGGUGCAUUAGGAAGUGUAGUUAGUCUGCUGAGCUAUAUGAUGUUAUUUCUGCCCAGCUGGUCCUUGAGGUAAUAAAGGUAUUUUCAAGACAGACGUGAAUGCAUUGCUGACAGAACUGCACUGGUAGAUAGUGAUUUAUU